AGUUUGGCUCAGAAGACGCAUACCUCUGGUCGCUGAGGAGACUGACCAGGAUGGUGGUCCAUCUGAUUUGGGGUGGCAUCAAGCGCACCAUCAACGGCUAUGAAGUCGAGAAGAAGGCUGAGACUCCACGGGUCGACAUGAAGGCCGUUACCACGGAGUUCUUGGGGACCUUGCUGUUGACCUUCGUGGGCUGCGGUGCUGCAACUGUGCACGGGGCCGGCACUCCCGUCACUCGACUCAUCAUCGCCUUCUGCUUCGGUAUGUCUGUCAUGGCCAUUGCGUUUUCCAUCGGCCACCACUCGGGCGGCCACUUGAACUGCGCUGUGACCUUUUCGCUGGUAUUGGGUGGAGAAGUGUCUUGGAACCAGGGCUUGGCCAACCUGCUGGCCCAGUGCCUCGCAAGCAUCCUGGCGUGCGCCUUACUGGCCAUGAUCCAUCCCUGCGAGAUGGACAUGACGACGACGCUGGCAACAAACAUCCCCGCACCAGGCUUCGAGGACUGGCAGGUGAUCCUUGCAGAAAUUGUGGGUACCUUUUUGCUCUGCUUCACGGUCUGGGAGACGGCCGUGUCGUCCGCCAAGAGCUGCGGCAACAACUCCUGCCUUGUGAUUGGAUGCUCCGUGUUCUUGGCCAUCAACGUCCUGAUUCAUGUGGAUGGCUGCUCCAUCAACCCCAACCGGUCCUUGGGCCCAGCCAUUGUGAGCAAACUCCGGGGCUGCAGCAAUUUCACCGAUGGAGGUCUGGCGGCGCUUUGGAUGAUGUGGGUUGGUCCACUGGUUGGCGGCGCGUUGGCAGCCAUGACACGGCUGAUUUUUGCGCCGCAGGCACAAUCGAUUCCCAGCAAGGUGAAGGUGAACUGGGGCUUGCAGCGAAGCGACACUGGCUUUGGCGAGGAGAGCCUGAGCAAGACGGUGGACCUGAAGGCAGCAGCGGCGGAGGUGGUCGGCACCGCCUUGUUGUGCUUUGUCGGCUGUGGCGCUGCAAUGCUGAAUGGUGCCGACACACCAGACAAGAAGAUUGUCAUCGCUAUGUGUUUCGGUUUGGGCGUCAUGGUGAAUGCUUAUUCUACAGCCCAUCAUUCUGGUGGCCAACUGAACCCUGCCGUGACCUUGUCGCUGGUCUGCGGCCAAGCCGUCCCUGUGCGACAGGGCGUGGUCAAUUUGGUAGCGCAAUCAGUGGGCAGCGUGAUUGGUGCAGCUCUCCUAGCGGGUAUCGUGCCCUGUGACAAGGACCUGACUACCAACAUUGCGUCAAACAUGAGAGCACCAGGAUACACGGAGGCUCAGGUGAUUUUUGGAGAAGCUGUUGGCACCUUCCUCCUGUGCUUCACAGUCUGGGAAACCGCGGUGAAUCCCUUGUCGGACUGUGGAAAGAAUGCUUGCUUGGCGAUCGGCGGCGCUGUGAUGAUUUCAGUCUGCAUGCUGAUCUCAGUGGAUGGAUGCUCCCUGAAUCCUGCGCGCUCGUUGGGACCGGCAAUUGUGGCUUCCUUCCGUGGCUGCGAGAACUACACCUCGGGCGCUCUGCAGGACAUGUGGAUGAUGUGGGUUGGACCCUGCCUUGGCGGCGUAGCAGCUGCCGCGGUGCGCUAUCCUCUCACGGACGCGCUCUGCAAGAGGAAAGAAGGACAGGAAGAGCCUGCGGCCUCGUGAAGUGCAGUUGCAGUGACUGGGCUCUCUGAAAGAGCUAUGAGCAAUUCCCUGAGAUGUCCAUGGCCUGGAGAGUUUUCAAAGUCCAAGGCUAAGAUGGCCUGCAAAUCCGCGGCCCGAUGAGUACCCGACACAGCAUACAAAGCU